GGCAGGAAGGGGAACUCAGAACUUAGGUUUUUUUCUUGCUUGGAAUUCCUGCAGCUGGGCCAGGUGUGCUGAGCCCUAAAGAGUCUCCCUUUUGACUUCACCUGUUUGAAAAAGACGGCAAGGAAAGGGUGGUCAGAGGAAGAAACGCUGCAAACUUUGGGGAGGGGGACAUUUUCUUGAAAGUGACAAGUAGUAGCCACCAUGACCUUUGUUCGGGCGCUCUAGGGGUCUGGACACUGCCACAUGACCAACACCAAAGACCCCCAAGAGCCAUGGAAUCCACGCUGGCGACAUCCAGUUCUGCCCCAGGCCCGGUCACCUUCUCCCAUGUCUUUGGUCAGCAGUGCCAACUUAUGGAAGCAGCCGUGCAAUCGUUGCACACCCUCAACGACCAGAUUUCCCAUUUUAUUGUCACCAAGUCGAAGGCCCUGGAGGAGGACAAAGACCCUUUCCUGCCCACUGAGAAGGAGACUCUGAAAAGCUCCAUGAUACUGAUGAGACACCUCUUAACGGAUGCCCAGGCCAAAAUCCUGAGCAUGAUGGAAGACAAUAAGCAGCUCGCGCUCCGCAUCGAUGGGGCGGUCCAGUCGGCCAGCCAGGAGGUGACCAACCUGCGAGCCGAACUCACGGCCACCAACCGGAGGCUGGCGGAACUGAGCGGCGGCGGCGGCGGCCCCGGCUCGGGCCCGGGAGCCGCGGCCAGCGCCUCGGCGGCGGCGGACUCGGCGGCAGCGAACAUGGAGAACCACCAGCUCGGCGCGCAAGUGCUCCUACGGGAAGAAGUGUCCCGGCUUCAGGAAGAAGUUCACCUUCUCCGGCAGAUGAAGGAGAUGUUGGCAAAGGACCUGGAGGAGUCCCAGGGCGGCAAGUCCUCUGAGGUCCUCUCAGCCACCGAGCUCAGGGUCCAGCUGGCCCAGAAGGAGCAGGAGCUAGCCAGAGCCAAAGAAGCCUUGCAGGCCAUGAAAGCUGACCGGAAGCGCUUAAAGGGUGAGAAGACGGACCUGGUGAGCCAGAUGCAGCAGCUGUACGCCACACUAGAGAGCCGCGAGGAACAGCUCCGGGACUUCAUCCGGAACUAUGAGCAGCAUCGCAAGGAGAGCGAGGACGCGGUCAAGGCCCUGGCCAAGGAGAAGGACCUGCUGGAGCGCGAGAAGUGGGAGCUGCGGCGCCAAGCCAAGGAGGCCACGGACCACGCCACGGCGCUGCGCUCCCAGCUGGACCUCAAGGACAACCGCAUGAAGGAGCUGGAGGCUGAGCUGGCCAUGGCCAAGCAGUCCUUAGCCACACUGACCAAGGAUGUCCCCAAGCGACAUUCCCUCGCCAUGCCUGGCGAGACGGUGCUCAAUGGCAACCAGGAGUGGGUGGUGCAGGCAGACCUCCCGCUGACCGCAGCCAUCCGGCAGAGCCAGCAGACUCUCUACCACUCCCACCCUCCCCACCCUGCAGACCGGCAAGCGGUCAGGGUGAGCCCCUGCCACUCCCGGCAGCCCUCUGUCAUCUCCGAUGCAUCUGCUGCCGAAGGCGACCGGUCGUCCACACCAAGCGACAUUAACUCCCCUCGACACCGGACUCACUCCCUCUGCAACGGCGACAGUCCCGGCCCAGUUCAGAAGGACCUGCACAACCCUAUUGUACAGUCACUAGAGGAUCUUGAAGACCAAAAACGAAAAAAGAAGAAAGAGAAGAUGGGAUUCGGCUCCAUCUCCCGCGUGUUCGCCAGAGGGAAGCAGCGGAAGUCCCUCGACCCAGGCCUCUUUGAUGACUCAGACAACCAGGGCAGCCCCACGCGGCAGAGCCUCAGCCUGUCAGAGGGUGAGGAGCAGAUGGACCGGCUGCAGCAGGUGGAGCUGGUCAGGACCACCCCCAUGUCCCACUGGAAGGCAGGCACUGUGCAGGCCUGGCUGGAGGUGGUCAUGGCCAUGCCCAUGUACGUCAAGGCCUGCGCAGAGAAUGUGAAGAGUGGGAAGGUGCUGCUGAGCCUGAGUGACGAGGACCUGCAGCUGGGCCUGGGUGUGUGCAGCUCCCUACACCGGCGCAAGCUGCGCCUGGCCAUCGAGGACUACCGCGACGCCGAGGCGGGCAGGAGCCUGUCCAAAGCUGCUGACCUGGACCAUCACUGGGUGGCCAAGGCCUGGCUGAAUGACAUCGGCUUAUCUCAGUACUCCCAGGCCUUCCAGAACCACCUGGUCGAUGGGCGGAUGCUGAACUCCCUGAUGAAGCGGGACCUGGAGAAACACCUGAAUGUGUCCAAGAAGUUCCACCAGGUCAGCAUCCUGCUGGGGAUCGAGCUGCUGCACCAAGUGAACUUCAGCAGGGAGGCCCUUCAGGAGCGCCGGGCCCGCUGUGAGACUCAGAACGUUGACCCUGUGGUCUGGACCAACCAGCGGGUGCUCAAGUGGGUGCGUGACAUCGACCUGAAGGAAUAUGCAGACAACCUGACCAAUAGUGGCGUCCACGGCGCCGUGCUGGUUCUGGAGCCCACGUUCAAUGCCGAGGCCAUGGCCACUGCCCUGGGCAUUCCCAGUGGGAAGCACAUCCUUCGAAGACACCUGGCGGAGGAGAUGAGUGCCAUCUUCCACCCAGCCACCUCUACAGGCAUCCGAGAGCCUGAGCGCUUUGGGACACCCCCCGGGAGGGCCUCCAGCAUCACCCGGGCGGGGAAGGAGGAGAACAGCAGUGGUCUCAAGUAUAAGGCCGGCCGGCUGCCCCUGGGGAAGAUUGGAAGGGGCUUCAGCAGCAAAGACCCCGAUUUUCACGACGACUAUGGCUCUCUCCAAAACGAAGAUUGCGGGGACGAUGACCCACAGGGCAGGCUCGAGCAGUGCCGUCUGGAAGGCUACAGUAGCCUGGAGGUCACCAACGUGUGAGGCUCCACCAGACCCCAUGCAGAGAGACCCAGGCAGGAGGAGCAGCCAGGUGGCCCAGGGACCGCCCCACUGUACAUAGUGACCUCAGGCUGAGGGUGCUCCUCUGUUCCUGGGCAAAAUCCCAGCAGACUGCUGCAGUGUCAAGUGGGGAGUGCCCAGGAGAGAAGAGACCCCAGUCCACCUGCUGUGGGUGGGCCACAGACUUUCCCACUCAACCCCAGGAGACUGGCCAGGAGGAUUCACCCCAGUGCCCAGCCCUUCCAUAAUCGAGACAGGCAGCCUCCACCUUGGAGCUGUUGAGCAGUCCAAAUGGCACCAGGAGUCUUGAACUGAGCAGACAAGAUGGAAAGAGCCCCUGGUUUCCCAAAACACCCUCCCAGGAGGAGCAGGUGGGACCCAACCCCAUGCCACAGAGCCCAGUGUGUUUGCAGAGCUGGCAGCAAACAGAGCAGGUACAGAAAAUGCUGCCUCUUACAGAGAUGUAAGACAGAGGGGGUCUCAUCCGCUGUCCCCGUGGCUGAGACUUGGGUCACCAAAUCUUUCUUGGCAGAAUGCAAAGUGGGGACUGGUCAUUCCCUCUACCUUAAGAGCUCUGUGCCGCAUGGAGGUAGACGGGUUGCAGACCUGUGCACCCAUCAGGCCCGGAGCAGCUACGCUGAGUGGGGGUCCCAUGACUGAGCCAUGCAGGGCUGAGGACUAGUGGCAACAACUCAGGAAAUGCAGAUAUCCUGUCACCAGCACGCAAGAUCCAGGGUGACGGAGUUCAGUCAGCGACAACCGUAUGGAAUGUGGCAAUCGAUUUGGGAUCUGGGGCAGGGAAAUGCUUGUCAUCAGGAACCCAAGAACUCUCUGUGGUGAUGUCACUGUCACCUGAAACACAGGUGUGCCCCCCAACGUUCUGAGAUGCAAACUCCACAGAGCAAAGCCCUUUUCUUGCUCCGUGGUCUUGCUGUGUCCUCUCCCUAGUGGCCUCACCUCUCUGUGCCUCAAUGUCUUCAUCUAUAACACUUCUUGUCCCCUCCCAGGGACGCUGUGAGGACUAACACUUGCUAAUGUCUGUAACACACUGUGUAACCUCUCAGGAGACAGCGGGAAGUUAUGGGUGUCUAAUUUCCCAUUUGCAGCCCAGAACUGACUCUGGACUCAUCCUCUACAAGUCUGCUUUGAUUGGAGAACUGUACAGAAGGAGGACGGGGAGUGUUUAAUGUUCAGACUCACCAACAGCCCCCAACGGAGCUCAACAAAAACUUCUACCCGGUGAGCAAAACCUUGGGAGCCAGUUUGAUUCAGUGAUGUUUAGGGGAAGGACAGCUGUGUUGGCUGUCUACUUACAAGUCAGUUAUCAAAGCCAAUCGUCUCUCAGAACCAUGAGGCGUGACCCCUUUUGAGGCCAUUUGCACUGGGAGCCAAUGAGAGGUUUGAAUUUCCAAGAUUCGCCUUAGGUAUCAGCCACUGAGAACCAUCAAAGCACAUGUUCUUCAACCCAGCAAAUUGUUUCCUUUCGCAGAAGAAGCUGAUCCCUGAUGAACUUGAAAUAUGCUCUUCCCUAAUGCUGAGACCAUGGUUUUCUCUCUAACGCAAACACAGCCUUUCUUGCUACCUGAAACCAAAUGCCUAGCUGGUGGACAGGUGGAUGUUCAGCCUUGUAAGGAAACAUUUCUGAUUCUAGGCCCCAAGAUGUGAAUCCCUGGGGCUUGGCUUUUUUGAUACAGGUUCAAACCCCUGUAUCAGCCUCGUUCACAAGGUCCUGAAGCGGCAGGCCCACAGCUCAGGAGCCUGGUGCCACAAGUCACUUCCAAGCCACACCCAGACAGCGUGUCCCCAGACCUUAGAAUCUGCCUCUUGGGAGGCAGCUAAGGCAGGACGGUCAGAUGGGCGAUUAUUCCUGCAGGGGAGCAAGACUGGGAGAGGUCACCUGAAUGCAGAUCUAAAACCAGUGUUCACCCACGUUGUCAGAAAUGACACCUGCAUUGUUCCUGGACUCCAACCUGUUGGGGACCAGAUGAUAAGUGGACAAUUGGGAGUCACUGGCAGAGAUGGCAUUGCCCCAAACAUUCACAGCAUGAGGCCAGCGGGCCUGGGACAACACUGGUAGCCUCAAGUGGAACUUCUGGUCCAAACGAUGCCAUCACAGCCCUCUCUUACCCACAAGGCUCCCUGUCCCUGGCAGCCAAACCAGGGUUUGGAGCUGGUUUUCCACUGUGUGGUCAGGGUGGUGGUUAAAUUAACAACCUCUACCAAGUCAGACUGGGUAAGCUUUGUCUGCUAGAAAACUCUGAAAUGUCAACUCCACUUGAAGGGUGAGCAAGAAGAGGGGAGAGUGGAGACUUGGCAGAGAGACUCUGGGAGGUAAUUGACAAAGUCUGCCAAGGGGCCACCCCCAGGGUGGUGACCUUCGACAUUCUGUCCAAAUAGUCUUAGUCCAUAAAGGGUGGCGUGGCGUGUGGGCUUGGGGAUAAUACAGAUGUGAUUCUCUGGGUGUUGUUUUGGCCUGUGCUCACAGGUGCUGGUCCCUUGAAAAUGGGCUGGGAGCAGCAGGGUAGGGGGAGACACACUAUCCUCCUCCCAGAAUCUGGAGACCAGAGCCAUCAGAAGCCACCUGCCCAGCCGACUCAAAUUUCUGCUCCCUGGCACCUCUGUAAGGCCCCUUUGUCCUUGGCUGAGCUCAGCUUUUCUCCUAGAAAUCUGUCAGCAUUGCUGAGAUGAGACCCCAGGCUGCAGGGAAAAGCCACAUGACAGCCUGAGCCUCAGAAUAGGAACCCAAAUGCUUGUGGUCACUGAACAGGGCUGGGUCUUGGCACAGCGGGAAGAUUUGGCAAGACAUGACUUCAGCGUUCACCACAGGGACAUCGGGACCCUCUAACCUGGGAAGAAGACGCCCUUGCUCAGGCCUAGCUCCCCAUCCCGCCCAGGCCUCCCUGUCUGUGCCAUUGUGUCUGCUCUGCCCUUGUGGGAAGAGCACCCUGUGGGCAGUGGCAGCUUCUGAGUCCAGUGCUGUCACCCCUGGCUGGCUGGUGAGGAGCGUCUCCCGAGUCCUGGCCCUAGAGGGGAGUUUGUGGCUGAGAAAGAAAGGAGUUGUCUGUGAGCCAUGAUGACACUCCUGACCCUGGCCCUAGCCCCAAAUGUCUUCUGGAGAGCAAAUUUUAACACUGUAACA